GAGGCGUUGAAUGUGCGGAGGGAAUGGAGGGCUAGUUAGUCUACCCGGAGCAGGCGGGUGGAUUGUGGGAUACGCACUCUGAGCAGAAGCACACAAUAUGUGUUGGCUCGUAAAAAAGGAGGCAGGGGAUCCACAAUGUAAUCUCAUCAGCGACAUGUAAUUGUUUUCCAGAUCACGCCGUUCGGUCCAAAACCCGUAGCAAUCGACGACAAUGUCUUUCAAAGAGCUGAGACCUGAAGAGAAACCGAGGCAACACGAAGAUCAUGGCAAGAAACAGAGUUCAAGUUUGAUCAAUGGGAUGGAGCACAGCCACGCAGGAGGGAGUUCAGCAGAGAAGAAAAGUCACCAUUGGCGAAGUUACAAGUUGAUUAUUGACCCGGCGCUGAAGAAGGGACAGCACAAACUCUACCGCUAUCAUGGACAACAUUUCAGUCUUCCCAAUCCCGGUGUUCCGCCGGUUGAUAUCGUCAGAGACCCUCGCCUUGGACGCAUGUGGACCAAAAGCAAAGAAAUUGAGUUGCCUGUUCCAAAAUUUAAAAUCGACGAUAAUUACGUUGGACCCGUACCCCCGAAGCAGGUAACGUUUGCAAAGCUGAACGACAACAUUCGAGAGGGAUUUCUCUUAGACAUGUGCAAGAAGUAUGGCGAGGUGGAAGAGGUGGAAAUACUCUACAACCCCAAGAAUAAAAAGCAUCUGGGAAUCGCGAAAGUGGUGUUCGCGACAGUGAAGGGAGCCAAAGAUACAGUCCAGCACCUUAACAGCACUUCCGUAAUGGGAAACAUCAUCCAUGUGGAACUCGAUACCAAAGGUGAACAUCGGAUGAGGUACUACGAGUUACUGGUCAGCGGUCAUUUCACCCCGCAGACACUUCCUGUCGGUUCCGAUGCCUUUUCUGACUCGUCUCCCAUAAUAAACAGUGAGUUUGGACAGGUCAAUGAUCUCCAGAAGCCUCGAACUGGUGAAAAUUUCCUUCCCAUGGGACCGUGUUUAACCCCCAACAGUAGCACCCCCUUUUCCCACGAUACUGCUUAUUCCAGUUGUCACCAAGACACACCGAAUUCGUACAGCCAGUAUACGCCGCAGUCAUCCCAAGGCACGCCACAUACCCCACGGAUGGGAACUCCUUACUCCCAGGAUUCCAGCUAUUCCAGUCGGCAGAGCACGCCAGCCUAUUCAUACUCGCAAGAAUGCGGGUACAAGUCUAGGAGACCGGAAUCUAAUUAUCAAGAUUCCUUCAGGAGACUGGGACACCACUACUCGCAUAACACGGGAACGUAUCGAGGUGCUGAGCUUCCGGUUAACACCUACAAGUCGGCUCGUUCAGAGAGUGGAUGCUACUCUCACAACCCUUCAGCCAGCCAGUCCGGGACAAACUAUCAGUCAGCCUUUUCUCCCUACCAGAGCGUGCACUCUGCCCAACCAGUGUUUUCCCGUACUUUGGAUCAGCACCAUGGUCAGGGGUCCAGAGACCAUGAUUACAGGAGACCUGGGUUACCGUCCGAUGCUUUCGGGCACAAUAAUACCAACAUGGACACUGCGCCCGCCAAGGAAAAAGCAGAAGAUCCGGUUCCACCUGUGGAAAGCACCGUCUCAAACGAUCAAACUCCUGCUGCCUCGACCAAAUCUCCAGAAAGGGCCGUGACUCCUGAACCCGUUACACCUGAAUCAGCAGGUAGCUCCAUUCAACUCAACAGUUUGGAUUCUCGUAUUGAGAUGCUUUUGAAAGAGCAACGGACAAAGCUUCCCUUCUUUGACCAAGAAUCGGAUAUUGACAUCAAAAUGGAGCACAGUCCCAUAUCUUCCUCUUCCUCUCAGCUUUCUCCGUUGCCACUUCCAGGGUCAAACACUCAUUUACUUCAGCAAGGUCCUACUUCGUCCUCGCGGCCAUCCAGCACUGGCCUAGAGGACGUCAGUCCGACUCCUCUUCCAGACUCCGACGACGAGGAUCCUGUUUUUGAAGCUGUUCAACAGAACCAAAGCUCACGGUCAACGUCGGAGGCCAGUAUGACACCCGUUGACCAGUCUAGUCAGAUGAGUAGGUUUUCCACAUCGUCAGACAGUAGGACUCCUGCAGUUAAAACAGAGAGCUGUGAACCCAACAAAGAUGCCGUUGAACCUGCGCCUGUUCCAGAUGCACUGGAAGAAGCCCAGCAGUCGUCGGGAGAAGACAUGGAGAUAUCAGACGAUGAAAUAAGCACGAGUCCAAUAACCAGUGCGGAGUGCUCGGAGACGAUAGUGGUCAGCUCCUCAGCUCCUGCGAUACCUAUACCGCCACCAGGAUUCCAUCCACUGCCCCCACCUCCGCAAACAGGAUUUCCAUUACCACCACCUCUUCCUCCCCCUCCACCUCCCCCUCCUCCUCCAACGCAUCCUGCCGUUUCGGUUCCACCCCCUCCGCUCCCCGCCCGGCCAGACCUGUGUCCCCCCGGGGUGCCCCCUCCUCCCCCUCCCCCGCCGCCCCCUCCCCCGCCUCCUCCACCACCACCACCCCCCAUGCUCCCGCACCUUCAUCCUUUCCCACCGAACAUGUACCCCAUGAUGUCCAUGGACCUGAUGAACUGUAUAGGCAAUCAGUGGGGGAGCGUGCAGAUGUCCUUUCAGAUGCAGACUCAGAUGCUGAGCCGUAUGAUGCAAGGCCAAGGGCCAUCUCCAUACCCGCCUUUCAUUGCUGGCGGAAUAAACAUCCAGUUUGGAAAUAUGCAGCCCUACCGCCCAUAUCUGGUGAAUUCAACUGUUGCUCCUAGCCAGCCAUGGACUCCUUUGCCAAAGUUUGAUCCCACCGUUCCACCACCCGGAUACGAGCUCAAGAAAGAGGACCCUCACAAAGCCACCAUUGACGGAGUCUUGCUGGUGGUCAUGAAGGAACUUAAGAGUAUAAUGAAGAGAGACUUGAAUCGCAAAAUGGUCGAGAUGGUGGCAUUUAGGACUUUCGAUGAAUGGUGGGAGAGGAAAGAACGCAAAGCAAAGGCUUCACAGACACCAGUAAAAUCAGCAGAUCAAAGUAAAGAUGAGGAGAGACCAAAGCCUAAGGAACCAGCGCCGACGUCAACGUGUCUGUUGGAGACCUGGCCCAAAGGAGAAGGGCUUGGCUAUGAAGGCAUGGGACUGGGGAUGGGGCUGAGAGGGGCGAUCAGAUUACCAUCCUUCAAGGUAAAGAGGAAAGAACCUCCUGAAGCUGCCUCCUCGGGUGAUCAGAAGAGAAUUAGACCCUCCACGCCCCUGGAUGAUGAUGACGAAGAGUCUGAGCGUGAUCGAGAGAUGUCGGACGUUGCCAGCCACUCUUCUGAAUUAUCUAAACGAGACCUGGAGUCGGUAACUGAGAGGCGAAAACCAGCAAAACCACUAAAGCUGGACAGCGAGGGCGAGGAGGAGGAGGAAACUUCUGGGAAAGAGGAGGAAGAAUCUUCAUCAGAGAAAGAGGAUGAAGAGGAACAGGAUGAUGAGGUUUCUGAAAAGGCGUCAUCGGAGAAGGAAGAAGAUGGUGAAGAGGCAGAGGCUGAGACCAGUGAAAAGGAGGGGCUGGACUCUGAAGAAGAUGAAGCGAUCAGCGUUGCAUCAUCAAAGGUGGAGGUUGAAUAUUCAGACGACAGUGACGAGUCCUCGGAAUAUGAGUCCAGCUCGGAAGACGAGGAGGAGGAGGAGGAUGAGAAGGAGAAGGCACCACUAUUACGGGAGACUGAGAUAGAAACGGAAGCAGCAGUGGCCACAGUGGAGGCAUCAGGCCAUGAAGCGGAGGAGGUACCUGAGCUCCUCAGUGCGAGUAUUACAGAUGAAGUUCCUCCAGAAACUGAGCCAGUGGUAAAAUCUGCUCCAUCGCCAGUUGGAGUUCCAGCAGAGGAGCCUCAUGCAGAUGGUGAACCGGAACCUGAAGUGACUGAGCUUCCGAAAGUUGACACUGCCGAUGAUGUUUGCGUUCCCAGGCCAUCCACUCCAACGGGAGCUCUCGCCACGCUGUCUGUCAUUAAAGGCAGUGUCCUGAACAAGUCCGAUGACAGUGACCCAGAACUGCGUAAUAAAAUGAAGUUCACCCUGUCGGCCACCGACGAGGAUGACGGUCUUCCACGUACGCCCGGCAGAGAAAUCACGAUCCACUUUGACUGUGAAACCUCCACGUCAUCCCUUGCAAAACCGUCUAUGUCCAUCCCAGCAGCUCCUCCAACGCCUGGCAAGCAGGAGAUACCCGUGGUCAUUAGCUCUCCAGUUCUCGAGCACGCGGUUUUGAUGAAAACGCCAUCUGAAGAUGGUCCACCAAGAACUCCUGGGCGAGAUUUUGUGGCCGACCCCAUCAAAGGUCUCACACCUUCUCUGAGCACCGACACCAUUCCGGGCAGCGAAGGGCCAUUAACAGGAAACAGUUUGACCAUGAGCUCACCUCGCAUCCCUGGCAGUCCAUUUAUGUAUCCAUCUCAGUCCCCUGGUGUAAACUCCGGAGUCCCUCGCACUCCAGGCAGAGAUUUCAACUUUGCUGCUUUCCCAGAGACAAAUACAGCCACUGUGUCUCCAUUACUAGCAUCCAAGAAAUCUUCACUGGACGAGGAAAAGGAAAAACUAAUACAUAAGGAGCCAUCCAGUACGACCCCAUUGAUAAGUGUGAAUAGUGUGCUUUCAACUCCCCUUCCUCUGCCUGUCACUUUGAUUACUCCUCCUGGUUUCCCAAUGGAAUUGGGGUUACUGCCUGACUCUGCCCUGAGUCCAUUAAUAAAAUCUGCAACUGUGCCAAAUAACAAGGAGAAAUUGGAAGAGGAAAUCAAACCGGAAGCUGAGAGAGUAUUAGUUUUGUCAGAACCAGCACCACCUUUGCCUCUUGGCAUUGUUCCCAAUGAAAAGCUACCCCACCACAAAAUCGCCUAUACAAAAGAAAAGCACGCACCUCAAGCACCAGCACCCGCUUUAGAUUCCCAGUUAAAGGAAGAACCAAUGGUAAACAUUGCCAACCAGCUCAGGCCUCCUCUGCAGGCUGGCACAGAUGAAGCUGAUACUAAAGACCUUGGUUGUACGCGUGUACACGAUCACGUUGGUCUGAAAGACCCGGCAGCUGCUAUACUAGACUCUUGGGACGAAAGUGGCGUCAAUUACACGGGAACACCAGAGGAGUGUCGAAGCAAAAAACAGCAAAAGGAAUCUGACAGACUGAUCCCGAAGGAACUGCAGACAAAGAUCAAGAUUGAAGACGAGGAUGACGAAGAUGAGGAAUAUGAAGUCAAACAAAAGGCUAAAUUUAAAGAACAAUGGACUCGAAGGCAUAGGAAAAAAUAUGAUGAGUGGUAUGAUGAUCUUCCAUCAUCUGACUCGUCUCCACCUCGGUCGCUGUUUAAACCCCGCUCUGAAUUCGAGGAGAUGACCAUUUUGUAUGACAUUUGGAAUGAAGGAAUGGACGAGGAAGAUAUUAAAUUCAUGAAAAUUACGUAUGAUAGAAUGCUUCUGCAGGACAAUUGCAUGGACUGUCUGAAUGACACACUUUGGGUCCAUCAUCCUUAUACCAAUACCUACACUGUUAAGAAGAAGAAAAAAGAGGAUGGAAUGAGGGAGCACGUUACUGGCUGUGCCCGCAGUGAAGGUUACUACAAAAUCAGUAAGAAGGACAAAGCAAAAUACCUCAACAUCAGCGGCGCGUUGGCUGAUGAGCCACCAGCUGACACACAGGGAAUGAGUAUUCCAGCCCAACCUCAUGCUUCCACACGAGCAGGCUCAGAGAGACGGUCGGAGCAGCGCAGACUCCUGUCAUCCUUCAUGGGAGGGUUACCCGCAGACAGCGAUCUCCUUAAAUUUAACCAGCUGAAGUUCCGUCGGAAGAAGCUGAGGUUCUCUAAAAGUCAUAUCCACGAAUGGGGACUUUUCGCGAUGGAGCCUAUUGCAGCGGAUGAGAUGGUCAUUGAAUAUGUUGGACAAAACAUCCGACAGGUUAUUGCCGACAUGCGAGAAAAGCGAUAUGAAGAUGAGGGAAUUGGAAGUAGCUAUAUGUUCAGGGUAGAUCAUGAUUCCAUUAUAGAUGCCACAAAGUGUGGAAAUUUCGCCAGAUUUAUCAACCAUAGUUGCAAUCCUAAUUGCUACGCAAAAGUCAUCACAGUGGAAUCGCAGAAGAAGAUAGUGAUUUAUUCCAAGCAGCAAAUAAAUGUGAACGAGGAGAUCACGUACGACUACAAAUUCCCCAUUGAAGAUGUGAAAAUUCCAUGUCUCUGUGGUGCAGAACACUGUAGAGGAACCCUCAAUUGAAAGGGUCAGGAUGAAGAUGCUCUAUUGAGAGCAGUAACCUAGAUAUGGUUGCACUUGCCAAACCAACAAUCGCACUUCUGCUGAACCUAAGGCUAAAUGCACAAAAAGUGUUGGGACUGCAUUUAGGAUUCGGGUGCUCUUCCUCUGGAAAGAAAGGUGUUUACCACUUUGUGUCACAGUUAACUAGUAUAAUACUAGUUCCUCUUCCCCAUGUCCAUGCAGAGGACCCCACUCUUCCUUCGGCCUGAAUGAAUGCUGCUACUUUUUCUUUUAAAUUCUUUUCUUUACAUUAAACUAAACAGAAAAUGGGAAGAAGUGGCCAUUGAAUACUUGAAAAGGUUUAUGGUUUGCAGCUCAAAUUACAUUUCUACGAAGGUAAUUAAAGUAGUUGAAGAGAAUUUGUGGCCUCAACAGUAGCAUCACGUGCAUCUAGUCGUUGGUGCUUUUACUUUGAAAUGCUUUAUUUCCCUUUUCUCUACAAGUUUUGAUUAUAACAAUUUUUGCAAAUUGUAGAUACGCUGGCUUAGCAUUUUUUUUUGUGCUAAUGCACUAGGGUUUGGCCUAUGAAGGCUUUGUGCACUAUUCGCUUUUAGACUUGCACGUGACUUUUGGUAUUCACUUUCUCUGUACAAAAUUCCAGGGGGGGUUUUGUGCUGUAGUGGGUAUCCCUAACCAGGAGACUGUUCCUCCUGCUGUUUAUAUUGUACAAAGUAAUUUCUAUCUACAAGAAGAAAAACAUUUAAAAAAAACUUUCUAACCUCUGACAGAAUUUUCACAACAAAUUUCAUUUAUAAUUUUUUUGUGAAGUUUUCAGGGAUCAUUUCGAACAUGUAAACAUUUUAAAGGCAAACAACAAAAAAAACUUUUUGAGAUCAAUUUGCAUCUUGUACAUAGUGCACCCAGAUUUCUCCUCUCUGAGCAUUGUUUCUUGUAGAAACAUAUCCUUUCAAAUAAAAAUUUUGCUGGUUCCUUUGUACUUCAAAAGCUUGUAAAUAAUUUAUUAAGAAAGUGAAUAUUGUAAUUUGAGUUGUUAAAAUACAGCUCUAACUAGAGGAGGCAAAUUAAAAAAAAAUGUUUAACAAUGAGCUGGUAGCAAAUUUUUCAGCUUGUGUCAAGCUUUAGUAUCAUGUAAAUUCUGUGUAAAUAUUACCUCUAUCAAUUACCUAGAUUUAUUGGAAGCAUUAAGGAAUACAGUGAAAAUGUUAAAAAAAGGUCAGGCUUUUUCAUCUCUGAUACCUACUGUGCAGAUUGUAUUUAUUGGAGGAAGAAAGGAGUGUACAGAAAUUAGGAAAAAUGGCAUCUCUUGUAUGUGUGUCAGCCAAACAUAAACUGGAUAUCAAACAUUUUUUUUCCCUCAAUAUCCAUUAUAAUAUUUUCUCAAACACUGUAAGGGACAUGGUACCUAAUAAAGGGUUAAUAUUUUAAAAAACUAGCUCAUUUGCUUGUUUUUUUCCUAAAAUUGUAUAUUAUUUUAACCCUUUCACUCAUGGAUACCAGGUUACCAGAUUUCAUUCAGUUGCUUUCUUGAUAGUAUAUCUUCAUUAAUCAAUAUAUGUAGAGUAGCUCUCUGAUCAUCACUAUUUAAUCAUUCAAGCAUAAAUAAGUUAUAAUUUCUGAUUGAGAUCAUUACCAGCAAAAAUAAAUAUAUAUUUAUUCGUAAAGCUAUGAUGUUUCUGUCGCCCUCCUAUCACUUUUUAUCUGUCUUUAGCACUUGACCUCAUGCAAUUUGUUUUUACUUUGCUGGGAGCAAGCUGCCUAGUAACUGGGACGAGGUGUGUGAAAGGGUUGAAUCUGCAAGGAUUGUUUUCCUCUCCCGGGAAGUAAGGGUAGGGGAAUCCUAGUGAAUUUCAGAAGGGUCUAUGUGUGCAAAGGUUUGAAAAAAAAAACAAGAAAUAUACUUGUUAGGUCUAGGGUUUUGUUUUAUUAUACAGUUUCUGCUUUGGUGAUGUAAGGAUUACUUUUGUGCUUGCAACUUUCCAGGUGGAAUCAACUGAAUUUGAGUGUUUUGUUUUGUGCAAAUAGAAACUGCGUUAAGUGUUUCAUUUUGAUGAAAGUGAAACUGUUCUGUGGUUGUGUUUUACUUGUAAAUAUUUCUUCAUAUUUUUGUGAAUUCAUUACUAUGUAACAAUGUAUGAUAGUACCUUUUAUAAAGCAAUCCAUAAAUAUACUGACCUUUUCUUACAGAUAAA